AGACGUUCCCAGCUCUCCCGUAGGACCUGAACUGUGGCUGGACUGCCCUCCAGCGCAGACAGGUAUCGCCUUUCCCCGGCAGGCGUGGGGAGGACCGGAGGGAAGGCCUGGAAAGUCCGGCUUCAUUCUGGGCAGGGGAAGGUCAGAAAGGUGCAUCCUGCGCAGGGGACCCUCACGGAGACAAGGAGCCAACGCACCCGCGGGUGCCGGCCGCGUCCCCUUCCCCUCCCCUCUCCGCGGGGCGGGUUUGGGCCCCGCUGCAGCCUCCCCCCGCGCUCGCCGGUAGGCGGCACCGCCACCUCCUUCCUCCUCCUCCUCCUCUCCUCCUCCUCACCUUCGCCGGGCGCUGGGUGACCCACAUCGCGGCGGCAGCGCCGCACCCGCCCGGCGAGAAGGGGUGGCCCGCGACGGCGGCGGGGCUGCGCUGUGCCGUACCGCGAGGAUGUAACGGCGCGGAGCGAUCCUCGGACUGAGCACUGCAUUUUGGUUCAGCCAGCUACAGUCACAGAUGGACAAGGGAGCCUGGAGAAUAGGAGAAAUACAGGACAUGCAAAGACUGAAUUUGAAAACAGUCGGCAGACUGAGCAGCAUUAAUAUCGCCUGCAAAGCAGAGCUCAUCAGCGAUCAAUAGAUUACAGCUCCAACAACAGAAACCAAACCGUCACCAUGAAACACUUCCUGAGGAUGUUUGUCCAGGUAUGCCUGUACUUCUACUGCAAGUGCUUGUGGCGCUGCCUGAAAUUUGUGGUCAGGAAACUAACUGGUCAGUGUGAAUUGCAGAGGAUUUGCUACAAUACCAAACCUGGAGCUGCCAGAACUAUGAAAAUAGAGGCAUCACUGAAGGGUUCAAAAAGUAAGCGGCUGCAAACUUCAGUAAAUGUUCACCCUGAUGCUAUUGAAAAAACAAUAGAUGACAUCAUGGAGCUGAAAAGGAUUAAUCCAGAUAUAAAUCCACAGUUGGGAGUAUCUCUUCAAGCAUGCCUGCUGCAGAUUGUGGGGUACAGAAAUCUGAUUGCAGAGGUUGAAAAGCUUCGCAGAGAGCCAUAUGACUCAGAGAAUCCACAACAUGAGGAAAUGCUUCUGAAGUUGUGGAAAUGCUUGAAGCCCAAUUCACCAUUGAAUGCUCGGAUUUCAAAGCAGUGGUGUGAAAUUGGUUUCCAAGGUGAUGAUCCUAAAACAGACUUUAGAGGGAUGGGUCUCCUGGGCUUAUAUAACUUGGUGUAUUUUGCUGAAUGGGACACUGAGAUAGCUCAGCAAGUUCUCUCUGAUUCUCUUCAUCCUAAAUACAGGGAAGUCACUAAGAAGGAACUAAGCCAACUGAGCAAAGCUGAAUGGGAGAAGAAAAAGUUUGAUAAAGCAAUUGGCUAUUCUUUCGCUAUCGUGGGCAUUAACAUAACAGACCUCGCAUACAACCUGCUUGUGAGUGGAGCUCUGAAGACCCACUUCUACAAUGUUGCUCCAGAAGCACCAACACUAACUCACUUUCAGCAGACGUUCUGCUACUUAAUGCAUGAAUUCCACAAAUUCUGGAUUGAAGAGGAUCCGCUGGAUAUAAUGGAGUUCAAUCGUGUCAGAGAGAAAUUUCACAAGCAAAUCUUGAAACAGCUCCAGAACCCAGAAAUGGCGCUGUGCCCUCACUUUGCUGCAUCAGAAAGUUUAAUCAAUAUGUAGUUACUCAUUCAAUUUCAUUUGGAAACACUGUCUCACUCUUGUGUUAGAUCAUGGCUUAGACCAUCACUAGCAUACUGAAUGACCAUGGCAAUUGUAUGCAUGUUUUUGGUGCAAUAUUCAUCUUUUUUUUUUUUUUGGUCACACAUACUAGAUCCCCUUCUGCUUCUCUCACUGGGGAUUUCUCAUUUUAAAUGGGUGCUCAUAUUGCCACAUUCUGCAGUGUUACAUUCUGAAUUGAUGUCUGGAUAUCAGAGGUUUUCUAUUUUUUUAGACUUUCCUCAUAAUUCAGCAUUGACAAUUGAAUUGUAUUUCUCUAGCUGUGUUUUUGUAUAUGUGGAAUAAGUAGCUGGAUCUUGUAUUGUGAAAGCUUUUUAACUUCUUGGUAUGUUUUAAGGUAACUACUGGCAUUUCAAGCAAAAUAUUUGUUUGGACCUCAUCUAGAAGAUUGUGUGUGUAACUUAAUUGAUGCAGGCAAACACAUUAAAGUCCAGUUUUCUCUGUGCAGCCAUUAUAUGCUUAAUGCAGAAUUAAUGAGGCUUAUGAGACACAAGUUUCAGUGAGAAGAGUUUAUGCAGAAUUGUAAUCAGACUCCACAGCUGCAUGAAUACCAAAUGAUCUGGUAAUGCUAAUGCAUCCACAAUGAACUGCAAACACACUCACAACCACUGGAUACUGGCAGGGGCCAAAACUUCUAGCAUCAGGCUGUUGUCACCAACACCACCAUGGUGAAACAUGGUCUAAAUUCCUGCACAUUCCUUUGAACAUACAGGGGUUAGUACUUUGUGUUGCAUGUUAGAAGGCAACAUGAUCUGGUCACCUUAUGCUUGGUGAAUUUGGGGGAGCAAAAAUCUGUUUUGUUUUUGGUGUGGAUUUUUUUUGUUUGUUUUUUUUUUUUUGGGUGGGGGGGAGUUUGGACUACUGAGAAUGUUGCUUUGGUUGUCCAUUCAGUUCCUAAGAACUGGGAGAAAUAAUUGAUUAGAAGGUUUAGAGCAAAACCACUUGAGUUUCCCAGACUACUUAUGAAAAGAAUUAAAAAUGGCAAACUGCCUUUUUUUCUAAAAAAUGAGUAAAAGUGUCUGACAUGAAGAUUGUGUAGUAUAUUGAAAAGCAUCUACCAUGGCAUUUCAUACCCAUGGUAUUUUUUACCUUCUAAGCAAUCAAUUUUAGUAUUAUAUGUUUGUGUAAAUCACUUGCAUAUGGAGAUUGGGUAGUGCCCAACUACUUGUGAAUUAUAUUAAUAAAUUAUAUGUCAUUCUAAACUGAA